GGUUCUGUCCCUCCUCCUCCUCCUCCUUACCGUGCUCGUUACUUCUUCCCCAAGUAAUUUCUAAAUUAGAAAAAAAAAAAAAAAAAAUCUCUUUUUUCUUAGAAAAAUUAAGUGGGUGGCGAAGUAGCUCUGACCUGCGUCGGGAAAUCUCCGGCGUUUUAGGGUUCGGGAUUGGUUGCGUCGCAGGCGACCGGACAGCUGGUUGAUGAGAUCUGGCCGCCGACUGAGGAAGGGAGGAUGAGCUGCAAUGGCUGCCGAGUUCUCCGGAAGGGAUGCAGCGAGACCUGCAUUCUCCGGCCGUGUCUCCAAUGGAUCGAGAGCCCCGUGGCUCAGGGCCAUGCCACCGUCUUCGUCGCCAAAUUCUUCGGCCGCGCCGGCCUCAUGUCCUUCAUCUCUGCCGUCUCCGAGUCUCAGCGCCCUGCUUUGUUCCAGUCGCUGUUGUUCGAAGCGUGCGGGCGGACGAUCAACCCGGUGAACGGCGCGGCGGGGCUUCUGUGGAGCGGGAACUGGCACCUCUGCCAGGCGGCGGUGGAGACGGUUCUCCGCGGCGGGACUCUCAAACCGCUUCCAGAGCUCGACCCCGCCGCGGCCGACCACGGCGCCGUCGCCGCUGGCGUGGGAGGGGAAGGCGGGUUCCUCUACGGGCGGCCGAGGGCGGGAGGGUGGUCCCCCUCCUCCGAGGCCAAGCGGCGGAAGGCCUCCGCCGCCGCCGACGACGACCUGGCGGCGCCGCAGUGCGAUCUGGACCUUUGCCUGACCCCCGGGUCCCCGGCCGCGGUGCGGGUGCAGGAGCGGCGGAGGCCGGCGACUCCGUCGAUGACCUCUGAGGGUUCCGUGACGACGAGCGGCGAGAGCGGUGGCGAUCGCCAGCCACGGCUCCUCAACCUCUUCGUCUGAGAAGAGCUUUUGAUCGGAAUUACUUGUUGUUGGUAUGUGUGGUGGUGGGGUUUUGACACCCCCAGUAACUUUCGAGUCAGAUUGUAGUCAAUGAGGG